UAUUGGGUUUUUAAGAAAUGCUUGGAUUUUUUUCUCCUCGGAAAUGAGGGUCUUUUGCUGGCUAUAAUGCGGUCUACCACAUGAGCAGCUACAGUAAGGUCGUCAUCAUUACUGGUAUCGAGGAGAAAGAGGAGCCUUCAAAAAUCCGUGGAAAUACAGUAAUCUGACAUUUUCUAGGGAUAUCACCUCUGGCUACCUGGCCAGCGAACUGCCCAGAAAUGGAAUGCGAAGUAUUCACGCCCUUGCUGGAGCAAUUCUUGGCCACACCGUUGGUCACUUGGGUGAAGACAUUCGGACAGUUGGGUGGAAAGGAUGUGAACAAACUUUCGGAAUACAUCGAUUUAGUGGACGGCAUCUAUUUAAACGAGAUCAUGCUACAGAUAAAUCCUAAAGCCACGGUUCAAAGAACCAACAAGAAGGUAAACAACGACUCCACCCUGCGGAUCCAGAACCUGUCCAUUCUGAUUCGCCAGAUCAAGGCGUACUACCAGGAGACCCUGCAGCAGCUCAUCAUGAUGCCGCUCCCCAACAUCCUGGUCCUGGGCCGCACCCCCCUCUGCGAGCAAAGUCUGGAUGAAAUGAAGAAGCUGUUGCUGCUGCUGUUGGGCUGUGCUGUUCAGUGUGAGCAGAAGGAAGACUACAUCGAGAAGAUCCAGAGCCUGGACUUCGACACCAAAGCUGCAAUAGCGUCACAUAUACAAGAGGUGACUCAUAACCAGGAGAAGGUGUUUGACCUGCAGUGGAUGGAGGGGGGCCCACUGCCCCCGGAGGAGUUGGACUCUCUCUCCAGGAGUAUGGCCUUCCACCUGCGGAGGCUGGUGGACGAGCGUGACGAGCAGCUGGAGACCAUCGUGGAGCUGACCCAGGAGAGGGACUGCGGGCAGGUGACUCCGCCGGCGCCGGCGGCCCAGUCACCCUGUGAUUCUCCCAGCAUGCACCGCACCGAGAGCCGGCAGCAUCUCUCCGUGGAGCUGGCGGACGCCAAGGCCAAGAUCAGACGCCUGCGGCAGGAGCUGGAGGAGAAGAGUGAGCAGCUGUUGGACUGCAGGCAGGAGCUGGAGACCAUGGAGUCGGAGCUGAAGCGGCUGCAGCAGGAGAGCAUGCAGCUGCUGGCCGACGCCCGCUCGGCCAGGGCGUACCGCGACGAGCUGGACGCCCUGAGGGAGAAGGCCAUCCGCGUGGACAAGCUGGAGGUGGAAGUGGGCCGCUACAAAGAGAAGCUGCACGACAUCGAGUUCUACAAGGCCCGCGUGGAGGAGCUGAAGGAGGACAACCAGGUGCUGCUGGAGACCAAGGCCAUGCUGGAGGACCAGCUGGAGGGGUCCCGGGCGCGAGCCGACAAGCUGCACGAGCUGGAGAAGGAGAGCCUGCAGCUGAAGGCCAAGAUCCACGACAUGGAGAUGGACCGGGACGCGGACAGGAAGCGCAUUGAGGAGCUGCUGGAGGAGAACCUGACGCUGGAGAUGGCACAGAAGCAGAGCAUGGAGGAGUCUCUGCACCUGGGCUGGGAGCUGGAGCAGCUGACCAAGACGCCCGAGCUGAGCGAGGCAGUGCCGCAGAAGUCCCUGGGCCACGAGGUGAACGAGCUGACGUCCAGCCGGCUGCUGAAGCUGGAGAAGGAGAACCAGACCCUGCUCCGCACCAUGGAGGAGUUGAGGGUGACCUCCGACCCCGGCGGGGACGGCGGGGCCCGCCUGCUGAAGGCGGAGAAGGAGAACCAGAGGCUCGCCCAGAAGCUGGAGCAGCUGGAGCGGGAGCUGAGCGCAGAAAGGCAGAGUCUGCGCAGCGCGGAGGAUCUGAGUGGGGACCUGAUGAAGGAGAAGGCCCAGCUAGAGAGGACCCUGGAGACACUGCGGGAGAACUCUGAGAGACAGGUGAAGGUGCUGGAGCAGGAGAACGAGCGGCUGAGCCAGACGGUGGCGUCGCUGCGGCAGCGUUCGCAGAUCAGCGCGGAGGCGCGGGUGCGCGACGUGGAGAAGGAGAACCGCGUGCUGCACGAGUCCAUCAAGGAGACGAGCAGCGCGCUGCACCGGGCCGAGUCCGAGCGCCGGCAGCUCCGCAAGGAGCUGGAGCUGUGCCGCGAGCGGGGCGAGCGGGCCGACGAGCUGGAGGCGGAGCUGCGGCGGCUGGAGCGCGACAACGAGGGCCUGCAGAAGCGGCUGGCGGGCCUGGGCAUCACCUGCGAGAGGGUGGAGGCGCUGGAGCGCGAGAACGCCGAGCUGGAGGCCGAGGCGCGCCGCCUGCGCAAGCAGCUGGACGGCCUGCGGGGGGCGGCGGCGCAGCUGGAGGGGCUGGAGAAGGAGAACCGCCAGCUGGACCUGGAGAACCUGGAGCUGCGGCGGGCGGCGGAGGCGCUGCGGGCGGCCGGAGCCCGCGCCGCACAGCUGGAGCAGGAGAACCGCGAGCUGGAGGCCGAGCGCGCCCAGCUGAGGAGGAGCCUGGAGCUGCUCCGCGCCUCCUCCAAGAAGAGCGAGCGGCUGGAGCUCAGCUGCCAGGGCCUGGACACCGAGAACCAGCGGCUGCAGAAGGCCCUGGAGAGCAGCGGCCGCAAGGUGGCGCAGCUGGAGGCGGAGCUGCGGGAGGCGGAGGCAGAGACGCAGGGCCUGCAGCGCAGCCUGGAGGAGCUGAAGAUCUCCAGCAAGCGGCUGGAGCAGCUGGAGAAGGAGAGCGCCGCCCUGGAGCAGGAGGCGUCGCAGCUGGAGCGGGACCGGAAGCAGCUGGACAAGGAGAACAAGCGGCUCAGGCAGCAGGCGGAGAUCCGCGACGCCACGCUGGACGACAACAACCUCCGCAUCGCCAACCUGGAGAAGGAGAACCGCGCCCUGGGCAAGGAGCUGGCGCUGCUCAAGGACUCCUGCAGCCGCGUCAAGCAGCUGGAGAAGGACAACAAGGAGCUGGUCAAGCAGGCCACCAUCGACAAGAAGACGCUGCUCACCCUCAGAGAGGAGCUGGUGACUGAGAAACUGAGCACCCAGCAGAUGAACAAUGACUUGGAGAAGCUGACGCACGAGCUGGAGAAGAUCGGACUCAACAAGGAGAGACUGCUGCAGGACGAGCAGAGCUCUGACGACGACAGCAGAUACAAGCUUCUGGAGUCCAAGCUGGAAUGCACGCUGAAGAAGUCCCUGGAGAUCAAGGAGGAGAAGAUCGCCGCCCUGGAGGCCAGACUGGAGGAGUCUUCCAACCUCAACCAGCAGCUGCGGCAGGAGCUGAAGACUGUGAAGAAGAACUACGAGGCCCUGCGGCAGAGGGAGGAGGAGGAGCGGAUGGUGCAGAGCUCCCCCCCCAGGGCAGGGGAGGAAAUGCAGGCUGCGAGCAAGUGGGAGAAGGAGAGCCACGAGGCCACGCGCGAGCUGCUGAAGGUCAAGGACCGCCUCAUCGAAGUGGAGAGGAACAACGCCACGCUGCAGGCGGAGAAGCAGGCGCUGCGCACGCAGCUGAAGCAGCUGGAGACGCAGAGCAGCAACCUGCAGGCGCAGAUCCUGGCCCUGCAGCGGCAGACCGCCUCCCUGCAGGAGAACAACACCGCGCUGCAGACGCAGAACGCCAAGCUGCAGGUGGAGAACUCCACGCUGAGCUCCCAGAGCGCCGCCCUGCUGGCGCAGAACACGCAGCUGCAGAGCCAGCAGAGCAGCGUGGAGAGCGAGCGGGAGGGGGCGCUGCGGGACCGGGAGGACCUGCGCUCCGCCCACGAGCUGCUGCUGCGCGACCACGAGAAGCUGGCCGCCCUGCACGAGCGGCAGGCCGCCGAGUACGAGGCGCUCAUCGCCAAGCACGGCGGCCUCAAGGCGGCGCACAAGAGCCUGGAGCUGGAGCACCGCGAGCUGGAGGACCGAUAUAACCAGCUGCUGAAGCAGAAGACCCAUCUGGAGGAGCUGGAGAGGGCCCUGAAGGCAGAGCAGGAGAAGAUGCUCGCAGAGAACAAGAACCACGAGGCCACCGCUGCCAAGUACCACAAGCUAAAGGAGGACAAUGACAGGCUGAACCAGACGUACCGUCAGCUGGUGAAGGACAACGAGGGGCUUCAGGCAGACCAUAAGAACCUGAAGAGCCUGCUGAACAGUGCCAAGCUGGAACAGACCCGCCUGGAGGCCGAAUUCUCUAAGCUCAAAGAGCAGUACCAGCAGCUGGACAUCACCUCCACCAAGCUGACCAAUCAGUGUGAGCUACUGAGCCAACUGAAGGGGAACCUGGAGGAGGAGAACCGGCACCUGCUGGACCAGAUCCAGACCCUGAUGCUGCAGAACCGGACCCUGCUGGAGCAGACCAUGGAGAGCAAGGACCUGUUCCAUGUGGAGCAGAGACAGUACAUAGACAAACUGAACGAGCUGAGGAGGCAGAAGGAGAAGCUGGAGGAGAAGAUCAUGGACCAGUACAAGUUUUAUGACCCUUCACCCCCGCGGAGGCGUGGAAACUGGAUCACCCUGAAGAUGAAGAAGCUGAUAAAACCGCGCAGCCGGGAGCGCAUGCGCUCCCUCACACUGACGCCCACGCGCUCCGAGUCCAGCGACGGCUUCCUGGGCCUGCCCCCCCACGACAGCCAAGACAGCUCGUCCGUGGGCUCGCUGGACGACACCCUGUCCCACAAGAGGAGCAGCAGGAAGAGAGAGAAGCACUCCCGUGCCCAGGGUUCCUCCAAUGUGCCGGCACUGAAACGGCUGCCGUUUAUGCGGAACAGAUCCAAGGACAAAGACAAAGUGAAGGCAGUCUACCGCCGGUCCAUGUCCAUGAACGACCUGCUGCAGACGAUGGCGCUGGCAGGCGGGCAGUGGGCGGGGAGCUCGGAGCAGCUGGACGGGCAGGAGGGGCCCGACAGCGGCCAGCGCAUGAAGGAGCUGGGGUCCAUGGCCUACUCCACCAACGCCAUCAACUACGCCACCCUCAGCCGGGCCAAGCAAAGGGCCAAGGCCAAAGACAACGCGUCCUGUGAGGACGUGACCCCAGCGUCGUCAGAUGAUAUCAACGGCCUGAAGAGUCAAGCCUCCCGGCCCAGCAGCCUGCACAGUAUCAGGACCCUCAGUAGUAAUAGCAAUAAUAACUCCUGCUCCUCAGCAUUCGAGGGCCCAGCAGGGGGCGAUCUGAACGGCAGUCACAGCCGCCCCCACAGCGAGAGCAGCGGAGAGUUCAGCCUCAGCCUGGACAACGAGGCCUGGUCCAGCAGCAGCAGCCCCAUACAGCCCCCCCUUUCCCAGAGGGGGUCCCGCCAAAGCCCGCUGGAGCCCACCACCCCGCACCCCAAAAACAAGGCCGCCUCGCCAGGUAGCGAGGUGCUGUCCCUGCAGCAGUUCCUGGAGGAGAACGUCGACCCAGCAGAGUCCGGCAGUCAGGAGAACGUCACAGCAGAGUCGAUCCGCCCAUCGGCUGACCCCGCCCAAUCGGAGCGGGCGGGGCGGGGCUCUGCCGGCAAAGGCAUUCUGCGCUCGUCCAGCGGGAGAGUCUCGGGGGUCAGCGCCGGGUCGGACGGGCGCCCGCCCAAAGCUCAGGGAGCAGGGCGGCCCAGCCUGCGGAAGGCAGAGAGCGCACGGGUGAGGGGCGGGGCCCAGGCCCGGCCCACGCUGGACGGCAAGACCAGGGCCACAUCGGUGUCGGAGCGGCUGGACUCUGCCUCCCCACACGGGGGCGGACUUUUCUCCACCGCCACCUUGCCCCGCGCCAGCAGCGUCAUCUCCACGGCCGAGGGCUCCGUCCGCCGCACCAGCAUCCACGACUUCAUGUUGAAGGACAGCCGCACCCCCGUCUCCGUGGACCCCGCGCCCAGUGAGUACCCACCGGGCCCCGUGCCGCCCUCCUGCACGCCCCCCCAGGCCAGGCACAGCCCCCAGACACCGCUGCCCAAGUCUGCCAGCCUGCCCCCGACUGGUGGCGCCCCCGACCGUGAGGGCCAGCUCUCCGCCCUGGAGUCCUUCUUUAGCUCCUCCUUCACUCUAGACUCUCUCUUUACGGACACCAUCUUCAGCGAGUCCGUGUGCACGCCCCCUGGUAAGAACCACACCCCCCUUCCCAUCAGCCCCUCCCCAGUCCCGCCCGCAGGACACGAGCUUCAGCGGAAUGCAGGCCGGGGGUCCAGCCUGCCCGAUCAGAAGCCAAACGGUGAUGUCACCGGCUCUGAUCGUGGUGUGGCUGACCCCCAGUCCCUCCCCUUAGCCUCUAAGGACGAGCAGUCCCUGUGGUAUGAGUAUGGGUGUGUUUAAACCUGCAGUUAGAGGCCAGGGAUCUCCCAGCGGUCUCCUCCUCUGGCACUCCGGAACGUUCUCUGACGGCAGGCCGCCGUUUGCAUGCCGCCGUUUGCAUGCCCUGGGAAGACACUGGUGUUUUCUGAUUGGUCGGCUGAUUGAGGAAUCUGUUCUUUGGGUCUGUUGUGUUCCAUCUCCCCUG